AUAUUUGCUUCUGAGAAGAUGGAAUGGGCCAGACAUUACAGCUGUAAGAAACUGUUAGGACUAUUGACACUUUAUGAUAUGAUCCAAAGGAAGUCUGGAUACAUUGAUUCAAAACAACUGCAGGCAAUACGGAUAGUCAAGACACGUGUUAAAAAUGGAAUUCCCUGUUUUGAAAUUGAGUGGCAAAAACCAGAACAUUAUGUGCAUGCAGAAGAUGAGCCUGCAGGGUUGUUUGUAGUCACAGUGGAAGAGGAGUCUUUGUUUCAGGCUGCUUAUCCUGAUGUUGUUGCUCGCUAUCAAGUGGAAGAGUCAAAAGUUCUAAAGAAGAAACAGAAAAGCCGGAAAGACAGACCAAAAGAAAAGGAAUUACCAAAUGUUUUUGAUGAAGUUAGCAGUCUUCUGUCCCAAAUGAAUUUAAAAUCUAGAUGUGGAAUUCUUCCUGUGCAAGACUCCAUAGCAGAUGUCAAAACUCCCCCGGAAGAUCAGACACACCAGAGAAGUACUGAAUCAAACGGUCUGGUGUUAGCUGCAGCUUCUGGCAUAACGACUGUUCAAAUGCCAGCAUCAGCACCCACUCUUCCGCAGGCUGCAUCACCUUGCUCCAGCUUACAGAGUACAUUGGCUGGCUCCUCUGUACAGCCAGCGCAGUUUACUAAAAAUUCAGGGAUAUCGUCCUCUUCCUCUGUAACAGCUGGUCUACGACUGAGCAGUAUUGACUGGGAAGGGACCUUCUUCAGUGCUGCACCAGCCCAUGGGGGUGAUGCCCGUGAUCCAGCAGCUGACCUAACCGCAUGCAUAAAACACUCGCAUCCACUGGGUCAUGAAACUGUAAGAAGUAGCUCAGAAUAUUCUGAUGCUACGCAGUCUGAUCAGCAUCAUUCUGAUAGUGCAGAUGAUUUGGUUUCAGAUGAUGCUGUGAGACAACUUCAGAAGUUGUCUUCAAGUGAGCGAAUACUAACAGCUUCCGUUCCAUCAAACCCUUUGUUGUCGGAAGAUGUUAUGCAACUGGAGGGUUUGAAAUGUUUUAAACAAAUGAAAGAAGCAUUGAAUUCUGCCUCGUGUCAGUUAAAUAAACUAGUGCAGGAAGGUGAAAAUGUACUGCCAGAGAACUGUGCAAGGGAAUCCAGCAGACACAUUUAUCAGGAUCAGUACAAAAAAGCUGGCAGCCUGGCUGAAGUGAUGCAGAGAGACGCUAAUGUAAGCAGUUCAGCAUCUCUGGUCCUCAGUGGGCAAAGAACAAAAACACAGCAUCCUGAGUGUGAAAUGCUUCCGGUGUCUCAAAAGCCAGGAGAUGCUGGAACUGGCUGUCACAUUAAAAAAGCUUGUACUCAAACUACUUGGAAAACUUCUCUUAAAAAGAGUGUGUGUCAGAACAGAUCUUCUUCUAGUGAAGACAGUGAUGAUGGGAACCUGAUUAAAAAUCUGAUUUAUGAGCAGCAGAAAAAGCAACUAAACCCUGGUCAGUUUAAAAAAUAUACGAAGAAAAGGAGUACUACUAACAGAACAAACAGUGACUCGGGCCUUCUAAGUAAAGGGCAGAAUAAAAAGACCAGUUUAAAAAAAGCUGGUAAUAGUUUGUCAUUGGAAAUAUCUCCCAAACCAUCCCCAGUAGGGGAAGGUAAUUGUUUCCAAAGUCCAGAGCAACUGUUUGAGAGCUGUGAUCCUGGCCCCACGCAGCAAGCUGAAAGUGCUCCUCUGACAUCUGCAUGGGCAGACAGUCCCCUUCCACUGUCUGAAAGACUAAAAAGGAGAAUCAAAAUUAAUUAG